AUGAAAAAUUUGUUAACUACGCGAUUGACUAUUCUUCCAAUUUCCUUAACAGCCAGACAUGGUGUUUCUCUACAUACACAGUCAAAUGCAUUAUAUACUACUAGAUCUCGUCGUUUAUUUAGUCGUUUAAUGAAUGUACGAUAUGUGGAAGAACUGGAAGCUAAACUGCCAGGUCCUAUAUAUUUAUUAGUAAAAUGGUGGUUUAAAAUAAGACCUUUUAAAGUAGAACUAGCAGAUCUUCAUCGUCGUAUUCUACGUAAUAAAGAAGGAUUUGAUACAAAAGUUCAUUCAAGAACACGUUAUUUUGUUAGAUUUCCAUUUUUAACAGAUGAAGAAUUUUCGAAGUGGUUAGUUACUAGUGACAGUAGCCACGGUGAAGGUUAUUCAUGGGCUGAAUUUGUACGGUCGUCUAGAACAGCUGCGGGGUGUGCUAAUGCUUUGGGUUUAAAUGAAAGUGUUUAUCCAGAUAGUGCAACAACAUCAGGAAACAGUAAUGAAGCAGGAGAAAAAAUAACAACCUCGAUAAUAUCAUCAUUUGAUGACCCAAACAAAGAUCAUGAAUUUGGUUAUACCCACCCAGCUUCAUAUCCAAAAUUCUUAUAUCGACCUGGUGGUAAACAGGCGAAUUCGGCAGCUAUUGUCAUGACAUCCUCUGAUCCAAAGUUUAAAGGUUACGGUCAUUUUCGUGGUUUCAUUAGUACACGCGUGCCUAAACGAGGUGAUCUAGUUCGCGCAGGUUUUGCAAAUCUCCGCAGUCCAGAAAGUAACUUAUUUGGAUGUGUUAUGCCUUAUGGUUUUGAAGCUUACUCACAUUUAAUUAUCAGAUAUCGUGGAGAUGGUCGAAAAUAUCAAAUUGUUGUGCUACCUCGUGCACGAUGGGAUUUUAACCGUUUUAAUACACACCAGUUUACAUUGUACACUCGAGGUGGACCAUAUUGGCAAAUAGCUAAAAUCCCAUUAUCUAAAUUUUAUCAUACUAGUUCAAAUAUUAUACAUAAUAGACAAUUUCCUGCGAAUCUAGGAACUAUGCGUCUUCUUUCAUUUACUUUAAUGGAUGAUAUUGAGGGGCCGUUUAGUUUGGAGUUGGACUAUAUCGGUUUAUAUUUUGAUGAACAACAGAAUGAAGUAUUUGAUUAUGAAAAUCCCAAUCACUUUUUGGAGCUAGGAGUUCACCUUUCGAAAAUGUGUGAUGUUAUGCCCACUAUAUCGGAGGACGGUAAUUCAAGUCAAGGAGAUCGAGACUCACAAGCAAGUGGAGAGGGAACUAAUGUUGAAGAUAUGCUAUUGAGUAUAUUGGAUGAACGUGAUAGACUAAUGGAGAGUUUACAUGAUGCACAAGAUCAAUUGGUAUUUACACAGAAUAGACUUGCGGAAGCUGAGAGAGAAAGAGAUGUUUUAAAUAGACAGUUAUCUGAAAAACUUCCUGAAGAUUUAUCUUUACUGGCCAAAGAAGUACAUCGUUUACGUGAUCAAAUUUCUGAACGAGAAGAAGAAAUUGUUGAGUUGAAAUCGGAAAGAAAUAAUACAAGGCUUCUUUUAGAACAUUUAGAAUGUUUAGUUGCUAGACAUGAACGUUCAUUACGAAUGACAGUUGUAAAACGACAAGUAAAUAGUCCUGGUGGUGUUAGUUCUGAAGUCGAAGUAUUAAAAGCAUUAAAAUCAUUAUUUGAACAUCAUAAGGCAUUAGAUGAACGUGUACGUGAACGUUUACGUACAGCAUUAGAACGUGGUGCACAACUAGAAGAAGAAGUGCGUUCAUCUGCUGCUGAUCGUGCUGCAUUAAGAGAACAAUUAGCUGCAGCAUUAGCUGGUGUAGCUGCUGCUGCAACAGCAGUUCAACAAAGACAACAACAACAACAAAUUGUAUCAAUUGUGAAUGGGAAUGGAAAUGUUGAUUCUAAUCAUACCACACAAAUCAGUAAAGAUGAUCUUGAUGGAAAUGAUGUAGGCAAUAAACUAGCCUCAUUACCUCCAGGUGGACCACCAAUCACAUCAAAAGAUUCAAACGAUGAAAGUUCAUCGGCAGAAAAUUCCGGUGUAAAAUCAGUUGCAUCCGUUGCUGCAGCUGCAGCGGCUGCUGCUGCGAGUGCUGUAGCUGUUGAACGUAAACUUGUUGAAGUCACUACAAAAUCUAGAGAUUUAGAAGCAUCUAAUACAACAUUACAAAAAGAAUUAUCACGUGCUCAUGAUCAGAUUUCUCGUUUACAAAGAGAAUUAAGGGAGUUGGAAGCUCAACGUGAAGAUCAAGAAGCUCGUAUUGCAACUCUGGAACAACGUUAUCUUGCUACACAACGUGAAGCUACUGGCACGUUGGACAGACUUAGUCGAGCUCAGUCAGAAUUGAUUACACGUGAAAUUGAAUUAAAACAAGCAAAAGAUCAUGCAAAUCAUUUGGUUAGCGAAUUAGAAACAGUACAAAACGAAUUAGCCAUUGUCAAAGUGAAUACAAUGCAACAAAAUGAAAAAGUGAAUACACCUACAACAACAUCAACUCUAAUGCAUACGGCUAUUGAAAAUGGUGGUGAAUUUAUUGAGUCUAUCGAAAAUGAAACUAUUUCUAAUGAUGAAAAAACUAUUAAAAACGGCAAAAGUUCUCAUUUAAUUUGUGAUAAUAACGGUAACAACAAUAAUCCUAACAUAACAGUUGUUGACGAAUUGCGUGUACAAUUAUCUACAGCUGAAGAACGUAUUAAAGAUAUGGAAGUUGAAAUGAAUGAAAUCCAGUCAGAAUUACAAAGAGCUAGACAACGCGAACAAUUAAAUGAGGAUCAUAGUUCACGUUUAACUGCGACGGUUGACAAAUUACUAUUGGAAUCUAAUGAACGAUUACAGACACAUUUACGUGAAAAAAUGGCCGCAUUAGAAGAGAAAAAUCAAUUACAUACAGAAUUAGAUCGUCUUAGACGUCUUCUAGAAACAAGUCAAACAGAACGAGAUCGAGCUCUAGCCGAUAUGGAACGAUUAAGACGUAGUUCCGCUACAACAACGCCAACCGCACUUGCUUUACAAGGUGACUCGUAUUCCAGUGGUUCUCAUAGCCUUCGUAGAAUGCCUCGUAAUGCUUCCAGCAGUAGAACAGAUCAAACUCUUCUUGACAAUGAAGAAGUGAAUUUAGAUGAACUGGAAAAUAACAGUAGCUCUCUCAAAAGGAUCCAACGAAAAAUUGGUAGUUCUGAUUGGGUUGAUUCUGAUGGUGAUACAACAACAAGUCCAGUAAGCAGAGGUCAAUCAGAGAUUGGGACUAGUAAUACAGAUGCUCAAAGAUUAGCAUUGUUGAUUCAAAAUCAAUUGGAUGCAAUAAAUAAAGAGAUCAAAAUGAUACAGGAAGAGAAACAAACUGCUGAACAGUUAGCUGAAGAGCUAGAAUUACGUGUUGGUUGUACUGCUACAAAUCGUAAUGGCAGUUCACAGGGACAGUUAAUAGAUGAUUAUUACAAUCAACAACGUGGCAAUGAUACAAACGAAGCAUAUUAUUAUACUAAUCAAGAUGGACGUCUUAAUGCGAAUAAUGUUAUGCCAAGUUUAUUACCUAAUUUUGGUCCAACUGGUUGGUCACCUCCACCAUCACCAUUAAGUUCUAGGUCAACACCAUUCGGUGGUAUUUCUAGUGAUUCUUUCAGUGGUAGUUUUAAUAAUCCUAAUCGAAAUGCAUCAUCGUCAAUAUUAUCAUCUGUGGUAGUUAGUAAAGAAUCUGAACGAUCUAUUCCUCAAUAUGCUGCUCCUACUCCAUUGGCCGUAGAUCCACGUCGUAAUUUUCAACAUCAGCCUAUUCAAUAUUCACAACCGAGUAGUAAUAGUGGUUUUAUGUCGCGUAGUAGUCAAUUUGAACAACAACGAUCAAUGUCAGCCGCUGGACGUCCACUGCAUCAGUCUCUGGGCAUGAAUAGUGGCAAUUCAUUGUCCACACCACAUCUUAAUCCUCAGUCAUCAUCCUCUUCAUCUUCAUCGCCAUCUGUUGCACUGUUAGGUCAAAAUUCACAUAAUUCAAAUAAAUUAACAAUUACAACAACUACAGGAACAACAUCAACAUCUACAUUAAUUACUAAUGGUUCAACUAGAAGUGUAACAUUAGCUGAUGCUAUUGCUGGCCUUGAAUUAUUAGAUCAAAUGCGUAAAGAACGCAGUACACAACAACAGCAACAGCCGAAGAACAAUAAAUUCACUUCAUAUAUCACUCCUGAGAACCCAUAUGAAUUUGGACCAGAUGAAUAUACAACAUCAUCUAUGGUAGAAACAAAUUCUAACUCUGAAGUCAUUUCUUCGGAGUCAAGUUCAAAAUCCAGUCAUGAUCAUCAACAUCAUCAGCGAGAACAACAACAGCAUCAAAGGAUACAACCAGUUGAAGAAACAAGACGAUUACGAAAAGUCCCUAAAGAUAAUGAUAGUUUUCUUGUAAAAAACAAUGAAUUUAUUCCAACAGAGAAUAUAACAUCAAAGGUUAGCAAUGGUGGCUUAAUUACAUCGGAUGAUUUAUUACAAAAUAAUGUAAUCAGUCAACCACUUAGACCUGCAUCACAAUUAAAUUAUCACUUACCUGUUGCUGCUCCUACUGGCGCUGGCGCUCCUCCACCACCGCCAUCUAUUAACCCAAAUACAGUGAACAACGUACCACCCCCUUCAACAAUACCAGCACAAGAAUUGAUGAAUAAUACUAAUAUGUACAUGAGAAAUAAUUAUCGCACUAAUCUACCAAUUUGUACCACCGGUAUUGGCUAUCCACCUGGUUCUUUAUCAGUUAUAUCAGUAGAUAGUCCUGAAGACGAAGGCUCUUCAGCAGCUUCUGAUUCAUUAGUUUGUAAUCAAACGAUCGAAGGUCAAACGUCAGGUCAACAGCAACAACAACAAACAAUACCACUUACAUCAGCACAAAAUAUCCCAUUAGUGAAUAAACAAUUUUAUCAGCAACAAAUGCAGUACAGACAACAAUCGAUUUCAGAUCAGCCUAUGACAACGUUAACUCAACAACCACUUUACCAGCGAGAUUAUGAACAACAACAACAGAUCCAACAAUUGCAAUUUACUCAUUCAACAAGACCUCAUCUACAAAUGAAUUCUAUGCCAAUAUAUCAUCAACAGCCUAUGGGAUUGUAUCAAAAUUAUCUACGGUCAGUUGGACCUAGAAAUCAAUUAUACAACAUUAUUGAUAGUCAACAACAACAGCAACAACAAAUCAAUUCAAUGUCUCGAUUAGAUUCAACACAAUCAUUUUUUUCGCCUACACCAUCACCUACACCAAGUAAGAAGAAAUCGCGUAUGUUAUCUGGUACAUUUGGUCGAUUAUUUCGACGUAAUCAAUCAAGUAAUAUAACUGGGAAUAGCGGUGUUGGUAUUGUCAGUGGACCAUAUGAUAUGGCACAAUAUUCACAAAAUUAUUAUCCUAUACCAAAUCAUAUUAAUCAAUCAAUACGAAUAUCAGCUUCACCACCGAUACGUCUUGGUUCACCAAUGAUACAUACAUCAAUUGCUAAUAAUACUCAUAACAAUAAUAGUACUACUAACAAUACUAAUAGUAGUAACAAUAAUAUUCGAUAUUCUAUGCAACAGCAACCUAUGAGUCCACAGCCGAUUGCUGUCGGUCCAGGUGGACAUCAAUCACUAUCAUUACCACUACCACCACCUCCGCCUUCAGUACAGUAUCAUCCGUCAAUGUCCAAUCAAGCACAAAUGAUACAACAACAGCACCAACUCCUUAUAGAACAGCAACAACAGAUGUAUCAAUUCAGGCAACGACAACAAGGUUUGGAAUAUGAUGAUGGAUGUAAUGGACCAAAUCUUAUUACUGGAGGAUCUAUAUCACCACUUUCGUCAUCCACUGUAUCAGGAAGUCUUUCUGAAUCAACUAUUCCAUCAAAUAGUAGAAUAAUGAGUCCAAAUCCUAUGUCUUUGACUAUGGGUAGUAGUGUUGGUCAACUGGCUAAUACAACACUACCACCACAAGUCCCUGAAGAACGUCGACGGUGGAAAAAGGAGGAGUUAUUAGAACAAGCUAUGAUGGCUAGAUUACCAUUUGCACAAUGGAAUGGCCCUACAGUAGUAGCAUGGCUUGAGCUUUGGGUUAGCAUGCCCGCUUGGUAUGUAGCUGCUUGUAGGGCGAAUGUUAAAUCCGGUGCAAUAAUGGCAUCAUUAUCUGAACAAGAAAUACAACGUGAAAUUGGUAUUAGCAAUCCAUUGCAUCGACUUAAACUGCGUUUAGCUAUACAAGAAAUGGUUGCUUUAACUUCACCAACUCCAGUUCCUAAGCCUAGUACAAGUCGUCUUGCUUUUGGUGAUAUGAAUCAUGAAUGGGUUGGCAAUGUAUGGCUUCCUAGUCUUGGUUUAGCCCAAUAUCGUCCAGCGUUUAUGGAAUGUUUAGUUGAUUCACGGAUGCUUGAUCAUUUAACUAAACGUGAUUUAAGAACACAUUUAAAAAUGGUUGAUAAUUUACAUAGGACUAGUUUAUUAUAUGGUAUUGUUUGUUUAAAACGAUUAAAUUAUGAUCGAUUGGAAUUAGAACGUAGACAACGUGAAGCUGCUCAUCCUGAUAGUAUUGAUUUAUUAGUUUGGUCAUGUGAACGUGUUCAAGGUUGGUUAGAUGAAAUCGGUCUAAAAGAAUAUGCACCGAAUUUAAAUGGAUCUGGCGUACAUGGUGGUGUGAUUGGUUUACAUCCAGAUUUAAAUCCUCAACAAUUAGCCUUAACAUUACAAAUACCUACAUCGAAUACAUCAGCUCGUGCUAUAUUAGCUAAAGAAUUAACUCAACUUGUACAACGUUUUCGUGCCAAUGUACCAAUUGCAGCGGCUAGUAUUGGACCAGCUCCAAGAGUACUAGCAAUGGAAGCCGCUGCUGUUGUUGCAGCUAAUAGAGCUCGUGCAAAAUUUGAGGGUCAAGAUAUUUGUUAUCCAGAUGACGGAUUUAAUGAAACAGCUAUUACUAACGAUUGUGAUGGAGUAGAGCAAAUUGAGGAUAGAGCUACACCCACAAAUAUUUCUGAACGAAAUCUCAAGGAUACAAAAAGAACUCCAUUAGGACUAUCUAAUUCUAACUCAGAUAAAAAUGGUGGUGCCAAAACAACCGACAUAUUAUCAUCAUCAUCUGAUCUCGGAUUAGAUUGUUCCAUCACUAUAAAUAAUACUCCUACUAGUACUAAUGUCAGUAAUGCAGUUCCUCAUAGUAGUAAUACUUCUGCUGGAUCUCCCACUACAGUAUCACAAAAGAAACGAGCUCCUCAGGUACCUUCUGUUAGUGUGAAUACUACUAAUACAACUUCUCUAACAAGUACUACAACUCCAGUAACAAAUAAAACAACAGCAUCUUGAACAAUCUUCAUUAUUAUUUAUUUAUUUGACACGUUUUCUUUUUACACUCACAUUUACAAUACAAGAAGAAGAAUGUUCACUAUUCAAUGGUCAAUCACAGUGAAUUUCUUUCUUGAGCAAUAACUGUUCAAAUCCUAUUACUAUUAUGAUUAUUAUUACUAUUUACAAAAAAAUGGAAGUAAAUCAGAUAGACCUAAUUUUCAUUUGAAUAAUAUAAUAUAAUGGUUAAUAAUAAUUUUAAUGUCAUAAUCAGUGGAAACUUUGAGUCAAAUUAAAUAUGUAAAACAGAACCGUUAUCUUCUUUCCUAAUUCCUCUCUCUCUCUCUCCCUCUCUUUUUUUUUUACACUUAAUCUUCGACCAGAUAUUUUAUUGUCAUUAUUCCAUUGGGUUACACUAAUAGUAAAUACUAUCUCUUUUCUGAAUUUACCCUUUCUUUUAAAUGAUAAAAAGAUAACUAGUUAUUCUUACCUAAAUUAUUGUCUCAUUUGAUAUUUUAUGCCUUUUGUGUUUUGUUUCUUUGUUGCCCUAUUGUAUACAUGUUUUACCUUUUCUUUAUUGUUCAAUGUUCUUUCCCAGUUGUUGUUUUUUUGUUAAAACAAUUUUGAUCUCAUGAUUUAUAUGCGUUUAAUGUUUUCUUUUUUGUGGUUAACUCGUACCUUUUAAUUUCAUCAGCUAACUUAUAUUAACAUAUACACAUAUGUGUAUAUCUUAUCAAAUCGAUAAUGUUGUUCAAAUGUAUUUGGAAAGGAGCUAAUGAAUGAACAAGGAGAGUAUAUAUGUGGUUUCAUUGCCUACCUUCAUCUACACUAAAUUUUUUCAAUACUUUUUAGUUCUUUUUUAUACAAAAUCUACCUCCCUUCCUCCUCAUCCUCCUAUGUUCUACUUCUACACCAUUCUACUUCAUUUAUUUCAAUCAACACGUAAUAUAAGAUCUAAACUUUAGCAGUGAUGGUCUUUCAAUUAGGUAAAAUUCAGUUUUCAUUUCAUCUUGUCUACUCAAUUUGUAUAUCAUUAUUGAGCUGAUUUCGUAUCUCCAUUAUUAAUGUUAUUUGUUUACUUAUCCUCUCCUUUUUAUCCGAUGGUCUAACAACAUAAGUUUCAAAUACAAAAGGCAAAAAUGUAAUGAAACUUUACAUACUUCUUAUUACGUGGUAUGCGCAGAUGAAAGUAAUAUCGCACAACUAAACAUUAAUUAUCUCAUGAUUUGCAUGGAUUUAUUACAAUUUUCUGUAACGCAUUUUAUCCUGUCUGUCAUAUAUAUCCGUGCAGUUUACAUUUUUAGAAGUAACGUUACACUUUUCUAUCAUUGUAUUGAAAAAGCCACAUGAUAAAGAAUGAUUCUUUUCUUCUUUCUUCACCUCUUUUUUUGUCUAUUUAACGAUGAGUACCAAGAUCAGAUGAUUAUGGCAGUGCUAGUGAUCAUAAUUUUUUUUAAAAAAAAGGAAUAUCUUGUUUUUAUGGUUUCAUACACAUGUCAUUUAUUUCUAGCUUGCUCACAAUCACGCAUAUAGAAAGCACUAACUGACAUUCUGUUACAUUAUAAAUACCCAUAAAAGCAUACAUACAUAUAUUUUAUAUUUUGUACAUAAAUUUAAUUAUUAUGAUUUACUGAUGAUAGGCUUGUUUCACUCAUCCACUUUUUUAUCCUAUCUGUUUGUGUGUGUGUACGGUUAUAGUUUGACUAUUUACAUUCUUAGCGCUGCUAAUACUAAUACUGUUAUGAUUACUACUGAUAAUAAUUGUUACUACGAUCAUAAUUAUUGUUACUAUUAGUAAUAUUAUUAUCAUUACUACUAUUGGUGGUGUUUAUGCUGAAAACAAUUAGACAACUGUUUGUACAUUCGACCUGGUGACAAAAAGUAUAUAUAUAAUGGUACAG